AUGGAGCCGAGCGACCACGCGGCUCGCGGCGGCGGAAGCCCAUCUGCUUGCCCGUCUUUCUGUCUGCCUUCCGCCUCGUCCGCUCUUUCCUCCACAUCCCUUCCCUCUUCUUUUGCCUCCUCGUCUUCUUCGUCUUCCGGCGCUGCUCACGUCGCAGGGCCUGGUGCCCCUCCUGCUGGCAAGGGGGUCCCCCAGGAGAAUCCAGAAGAGAGCGCAGACGCUUCCGAUGACGACGGAGAUCAAGAGACCGUCUUCUACGAAACGCUGCAGCUCCUCAAUACCCAUCCCACAGAGCGGACGGCGGCGGACGUGCGGAGGAUUCAAGAACUGGCAAAAGGCAACAAGUUUUUCGAGGAGCUUGACGCAGACGUUUCCUUCGAGCUGUGCCGACAGAUGACCUACCUCGAGGUGGAGGCGAACCGCGUCAUCUUCCACAAAGGCGACGCAGCGGACGCCUGGUACCUGAUUCUUUACGGGUCGGCGGGCGUCUACGUGAACGAACUCUCCCGCGAAGCUGCUGCGGCAACCGCAGCUGCAGCGCUCGCGGCUGCGGCCGGCGACGCCGACGCGGCGGCCUCCGAGCGCCCCUCUGUGACAGCGAAGAAACGCUCCUUCGGCGUGCGAUACAGCGACGAAGCCGAGGACGCAGAGUAUGACUCUUCACUCGACUUCUCCCGCAUCGACCUGAAAAACUGCGUGGCCGUCCUCGGGGCGGGAGAUUCGUUCGGCGAGCUCGGGUUGAUUCGCAACGACGUGCGAUCCGCCGCCCUCAUCACCAAAACGGCGUGCGCUUUUCUCACUCUGGAUAAGGCUUCUUUCGACCGCUGCCUCAGAGUCUCGCUUCAAAGAAAGACCGACGAGAAAGUGCGUUGCCUGCGAGCGGUGCUUCCAGGCGCGCGGGACUUGCGGCGGCUGCUGGUCGAGCAGAUGAGCUACUUUUUCCACUGGGACAAGUACCCUCAGGGCUUCAUCUUUGCGCGCGAAGGCACCCGAGCCGAUGCCCUCUACUUCGUCCUCGAGGGCGACUGCGCGCUGCUUGACCGCCGACGCCGGCGCCCAGACGACUUCGGCACAUUCAAUCCGCUCGGCCGCGAGCAGCUCCCGCCGCCGGGCAAACUUGAUGAGGUUGUGUCGCAAAUUCAGAGCGAGAUGGACCAGCAUGCGCGCGGCGACAGCAGCGCGUCCUGCUCUGCGUCUUAUGCGUUCCUGCCCACCCCCGCGUGGCCCCCGUUCGACUGCUCUGCUCACGUCUCUCCGCCAGUUGCACAGCCUGCGCCCGCAGCAGCUGCCGCGGCGCCGCAGCCGCUUCGUCCUGGCUCGGCUUUUCGUGCCGCCUCGCCGUCGGCUCGAGGCUCCCGGCGCGCCUCGCGGGCCUGCGUGUCCGCGGGAUGCGAGCGCGCUUUCGGGCGCGGGUCGGCGCGCGAGGCGCCGCGGCCGUCUGCGCGGACGAAGGCCGCGGGCGAGCGACGCCUGGCGGGGGACCCCUUCCUCAGCUGCGAAGAAGUGACCGUUGGGCUCCUCGGGCACGGCGCAAUCCUCGGCGCCGCGUCGGUGCUCUUCGACCGCGACGAGCCGCUGACCGUCGCCGCCCACUCCACCUGCGUCGCGGCCUUCAGAAUCAGCCGCGACGACGUGUAUCGCCACCUGCCCGCAAAAGUGCAGGAGGCGCUGCGGGAGCUGAGCCUCGUGUUACUGCUUCACAUUCGCUCUCGCGCCCAGCACCAGCACGCGCAGCUGAAACGGUUGGAGAGGUCUUUGAGUCUCCGCGGCGCCCAGGCCGCGUCGGAUCGCGAGGUCGCUUUUUCGAGGGACGAUGACCUUCACGCGGCUGCCCACGCGGUGCGGCGAAGGAGCAGGUCCGCCCGCCUGUCGCCUUCUGCUCCAUCUCCCUCUGGUCGGUGGAGCCGGCCCUCGCCGGGGGCCACAUGCGGUGGCGUGGAGGCGGAUAGCAGCCGCGAAGACGAACCGCAAAGUCCCCCCUCAGGUCUCUCGCUCGCCUUCUCGCCGUUCAUCAGUCCGCAGAAGGAAGCGGCGCUGCUCUCUCAGACGGCGCGCCACGAGCCCUUGACAGACCGCUUUGAGCGCUUCACAAACAGCUUGGUCGAGUUUCAGCCGCACAAGUCCGUUUUAACUCGCGCGGCGCUUCUGGCCUUUUGGCAGAGUCGCGCCGGAGACGCCUCUGCAGCCGGCUGCCCUCCCUCACCUCGUUCUGGCCCUGCUACAAGCCCUCUAAAAGCCUCAUCCCCAUCGCUGCCGCCCCCGGACGCGGCCUCGUGCGCCUCAGACGCGCGCCGUUUGUCGAGCUCUGCGUGCAGUGCUUCCUCGUUUCGUCCUCGUUCCUUGCCCCCCGCAAACGCCCCAUCCUCGACCCCUCCUCAGGACGGACUCCCUUUCCUUUGCUCGUCGCCGCCUUACAGUCUCGCGGCUGCCAAGAGCACCAGUUGCUCGUGUCCAGCCCUACCUGGAGUGUCUCCGAAACCGCUGGAAGCCCCCAAGGUCCCCCCUGCUGCCUGCCCUCGCUCUUCGCAAGGCGCUGCCUCUUCGCCUUUCUGUGUAUUUCUUCCGGAACACCCCUCUGCGUCUCUGGCUGCUUCCGGCGCGUCGCCGCUCGCCAGGCAGGAGUCCCACGCGUCCACAGCAGCUGCGCCGUCUCUGACUGUCUCUUCCGCCUCGCCUUCGCGCGGCCACAGUGUGCUGCGCGGCGUCUCCUCCGCCUCCGCCCCCCCCGCCUCAGCGGGAGAUCCGUCCGCGAGCGCGGCGCCUCGCAGGGACCGCCAGGAGGCGAGUGCAACUGCCGCUUGGGCCCCAGAGCCCCAGAGGCCGGUGCGGGGCGGCGGAGCGAGAGAGCAGGGGACAGACGCCGCGCCACGUGGAUCGGCCUUUGGACCUCGAGCUGGGGCAGAUGACGGCCGAGGAGGAAGGCCGAUGAGCCAAGUGCGGUGUGCAUCUCUGCCCGUGCUCGGGCUCCAGGGGAAGCCCCGCGGAGAUGUAGCCGCGAGCACCUACCGCCUCAUCCUCUCCAUCCCAGUGGACCGCCCGCCGCCGCCCAAGCUCUCCGAUGCAUCUCUAGCGUAUUUUUUCACGGAGAUAAGCCGGGACGCUGUCGCAAUAAACGACCAGUGGAGCUGCAGCAGCGCGGUGCCUGCGGUCCCCCGAAGGGGACGGGGGGACGAGAAGCGCCAGAGCCGAAAAAAGACUCAAGCUUCAGAGGGCGAGCUCGCUUCGGCUCUCAUCGCCAAUCCUCAAAAAACGAUGAACAGGAGUGGCGCCUCGCACUCGCGAAGCGCAGCGCCUAUCCUUGCGCGCGGCACUUUGCCCCCAUUUGCGAUACCGAGAAAGGGUCAGAUUUCCGGCUCGGGACUACCGGCUGUCCCCGCUUACGACCGCAGUCGCGGCGCCGGUGGAGCUCAAACUCCCGGGGGGACUCGGGGCGCGACAACGGCGCAGCACUCGCGGGCACGAAGGCCUUUCGCGGACGCAGAUCGCCUCCUCGUGGCGGUUCCGCUUGAUUCUCUGCGCGCUGCGGCGGAUUCGCCGCCUCUGCCGUCCCCCACGACUGCGGCCGCCGUUCGACGCGCGCGGCACAUCCAGCAGCAGCAGUUAGAGAAGAUGAUUAAGGACGGGGAGGAACGACUCGAUGAGGACCUGAGGCGACAGACGGGCGCGGAGCAGCCCCCCGCGCCGUCGAGCUCCGAGCCGCCGCAUGCGCCCUCGUCGUCAGCGCCUCCCCCGUCUCCCGCGCUUCCUAAUCCCACACAGACGCUGCGGCCCAUGUACGCCGCCUGUAUCCGAGGCGGCCCGCCUCCGGCCAGCCCGAAGGAUCUCAGCGGGGGGAAGGGACCUGCUCCGCAUCUAGACGCCCCACCGGGUAUUAGCGCCCAUCCGCGGGGAGCCGUCGCUGCCGCACCUCCCCGGCUUCUCUCCGCGCGGUUGCCUUCGUCUUCUCCCGCGCUCGCGAGUCCGCCUACGGGGAACCCGUCGUCGGUGCUGAGCGACUCUGCAGCUGCGGCGGUUGUAGCGGCGGCGUCUGCGGGGCUGGCGGCCGCCGCAGCGCUCGGUGUAAUGGACAAGCCGGCGAGUUCUCACGCGCGGCGGUGCGCACCCGCGAGCCUGUGCCCUGCAGCGCCGGGUUCGGCGGAGGGGGGAGCGCCCGGAGAGAACGCCUCCUCGUCGGGUGAAGCGUCCGGAGAGGUCCGUCUGGGAAGUUCUCUGCAGGCGUGGAGCCCGAGCCCGGGGUCUCACAUACGCAGAAAACCGGAGGGCAUGUGGGACGUCUGCACGCGCCUCGUCAGUGCUCCAGCGAUAGAGAUUCAACGCCCCUCCACCCCAGGCGUGCAGGCCUCCUUUCCCCUCAGCAGAGCGGAGACGGCGCACGAACCCGCUGACCGAUUGACGAGCCGGCGGCUGACGAUUCCGAGGCUGGAAACGCAGAACCUGUUGGAGAAUCUCUCAGGCUCUCCCGGGGGGCAAGGAAACACCCGGGAAGCGAAACUUGUGGCGCUGAGUGGCGGCCGGCCGACAACCUCUGCUGGUGGAAUCGGCAGUUCGCUGGCGCUGAGGGCAUCGCUGUGCGGGGGGACUGACCUCGCAUCCCGCAGAAGCCGCCUGGGGCUGAUGAGCGCAGGCAAAGGCCGCGAAAUGGCGCGGUUGAUGCGCGAGCGCCCUCGAGGCGCGACGGACUCUCACGCCGGAGCCGGGGGCGACAGAGGCAUUUCCCUCCGCGGUGUAGCUCCGAGGACUCAAGGCCGUGUAAGCCGAUGGGCGGUCAGGCCAACUCACUGA